GUUUUCAGAUAUUUCAAUUAACCAUUUAAUUGUCGGUUCAGUUUGGUUCGUUUUGGUUAGUUUGGACAUAUGAUUUUACUAAACAUUCAGUUAUUUGAGAAACUUCAGUUCGGUUUCAUUUUGUUUUUUUUUUCAGUUCUGUUCGGUCGGUUAUUUAGUUACCGGUUAUUUUGCCCAGCCCUAAAAUCUAGUUUAACUUCAACCAAUCUAAGUCGUUUAAAACUUUAGUGAUGAACAAGUCCAACAAAAAAAAAAAACAAGUUCCGUCCAUAAAUUUUCAACUACUCAGAUUAUUUUGCAAGAGCCAGACAAACCAUCCAGCAAUACAGACAAAUUUAGUUCCUAUUGUUCAAUAUGCAUAUGAAUUUGCUACUAAUGAAAAUCAAAAACAAAGAAAAAAACAAAAUUACGUUACAAAUCACAAUAAUCCGGUCAAUGUUAACUUAGAAAAAAAUAAAGAAUGUAAACUUUAUUUAAUAUCAAUGUUAAGUUUUCUUCUUAUUUUUUCUUGGAUAAAGGUAACAACAGUGUUAAGUUUAUUCCAUUUUCGUUAUAAGUAUAUAUAUGUUUAACUAAAAACAUAGAUUCCAUUGAACUUGAACAUCAAUAAUAUUACAGAAAUUACGAGACAAUAUAUCUUGUUCAAUAAUGUGAAUUUGUUUCACGAUCAAUGAUAUGGAAGAUCGAAUAUCGAUUCUGUCAAUAUAUAAAUCAUUCAUGGCCGUCCAAGUGACGUUUACGUUCCUCUUAUCUAUUAGUACUAGUUUUUAUUAUUAUUAUUAUUAUUAUUAUUAUUAUGCAGCACGUAUAAUCACCAAUCAUCGUUAUGUAUAUAUAUCAGCCCUGUUCGUUUUUCAGUCGCGCGACUCCACCUGCGACUGUUUUCUAGACAAGCUAAUAUUGUAAAUACAAGCAUUUUAAAGGAUCUGAAUCAAUGGAUUCAAAACCAGCGACUGUCGCUACUUUUAAUUCAAGGUAUAGGUGGUGUCGCUAAUUAAUCUGGCGAUCCGAAAUCAUAAGAUUUAACCUAAGAUUUAAGUCGCAGCGACUGGAAAAAGGGAGAGAUGAAGAUUUUUAAAGAGAAGUAAAGCUGUUUUUUUGGUCGCUGAUCGCCAUCGCCGCAACAGUAAAACGAACAGGGCCAUCGUUGAUUCUUUUUUUGUUUGGUAAGUUUUCUCUGUUAAUCACCAAACAGAAAUUAAAACGCUCCAAAUCCCAAAACCGUUCAUUAUUUCUUAUUAUGUUCAUCAGAUAUUCACCGCAUACACAUCGGCAAAGAUCAAAUGCUAUUGGUCAAUAAGAAUAAAGGGACUUGCUAGUAUUUAUAGUAAUAACCAUGUAAUUAGGCAUCAAGACCCAAAUUACCCAAUCCCUUUUCUGUAAUGAAAUUGAAUACUAGGAUUUAAAAUAUAUAGUAGACCAAGUAUAUGUCUCGUUUCCUAGCUUAUACUUCUUUAUAACAAUAAUUUUAAUGCAUAAGACAAAGUUCGUUAAGCAUAUCCCUCGCAUGCUCUUUGAAGUUUCAAAUAUUCAACAUAAAUCUAAAGAAAACGAAAACGAAAGUUUCAAAUUUAUUAAUUAUAUUCAAGAACUCAUUGACCACAUAAUGACAAUAUGAUAUACAAAUCAAUUUAAGCAAAGACGACCGAUUCCACCGGUAACCUACUAACCAUUUUCUUAACUCUCGUUAACGUGUCCAUUACUUAUAUAUAGCACUUAACACAUACAUUUCAGACACUAGAGACUAAAUCGCCUCUAGAUCAAAUUCAAAUUAUUGAGUUUAACUAGUUAAACCCUAAAAAAAGGUAACGAAAACAAUUUUUUUUUUUUUUUUUGGUAACUUCUUUAUAUUCUUUUCCGGCGAGGAUAUGGACCGAUCAACGCCGGAACAUAACUCCUCCUCCUCCUCCUCUUCGUCCCACAAACGUCUAAGCGUGAGCUUUCUUGUCUCUAUAAUGGUUCUUUGCGCUAGACACGCGAAUCGGCUCUCGAAGAAGCUAAAGCUAAAGCCGAAGAAGCGAACUCGAAGCGGCGGAGAAGGCAUAGGAGAAAGAUUCCGAUGGAAUCUAACAAGCUCGCCGCUGAGGUCUCCUCGGACUAAAGAGUUGUUCACGUCUUUGAGCAACAAGGCGAUGACGAUGAUCGGCCGGAAAAACACGGCCGAGAAAAAUGCGGCGGCGGCAGAAGAGGAGGAGCACGGUCUUUGGCAAAGAGAGAUUUUGAUGGGAGGCAAAUGCGAGCCGUUGGAUUUCUCGGGUGUGAUUAAUUACGACUGCAACGGACGGCUGUUAAAUGAGGUGCCACCGAGAUCACCACGUAGCACUCCGUUACCCGUUUACCCGACCGGUUCUUAACCCGGGUCACCGUUAAACCCGAUGGGAACGAAUGAUUUUUUUAAAUAGCUUCAUAUUAAUAUAAGAGGCUCCAUUAGAUGAUUGAUGUCAUGAUGUGUCGAUUAGGCAGCAUAAACAGAUUAUGUAUAUAUAAGAAUGUUACUGUG